GCGCAUCGCACGGCGCUGCAGCACCAAUUUCUCAUCCGCCCCGCAAGGGUAUCCCCGCGGUAUUCCCCUCGUCUCAAUGCGACGCCCGGCUGUCAGCAGUUUUCAUUAGUCCUUUGUGUGACAGUCCUUCACGACGGUUCUGCAAGUUCAGAUCUGGUUCAAGUCAUGGCGUCCGUGGUUGAAAGAACCACUCUCCAGCCAGGGACAUCCGAGUACGAGGAAGUGAAGACCUUGUUCAAUAGAAGCAACCAGUCGAGGGGCAAUUGCCUCCGGGCGCUGUCCAUUGAGAAGGUGCACAACAGUUAUCUGGAGCAGCGCUUCCAGGCCAAGAAGCAGGAGUACCAGAGGGACUUUGGCCAGGUCGAGGUCCUCAAGCUGUGGCACGGCACCAGAGGGGCCUACGUCGACAACAUACUCCUGAACAACUACGACGUCUCGAGGCACGGACAGGGCGUGGGCCACCGCUUCGGUGCGGGGAUAUCCUUUUCCGGACAGUCGGGGUACGCGUCCAAUUAUUGUGACAACGACGACAUCGACUGCAUGCUUUUGAACGACGUGCUGGUCUCCAACAUCAUCGAGGUGGAGGAGAACAGAGGCGGCAGCGUGCUGCGCGAGCCGCCCCUCCUGCCCGGCCACUUCGCGCUGCGAUACGACACCACGGCCAAGAACAAGGUGAUCAAGAACGUCAUCGUCAAGUACGAGAGUGACGCCUGCCUGCCUACCCACGUGGUCAUGUUCACUCGGCAUGCGGUCGUCGACUGCGACUCGGACUGCGACUAAGAUCUGUGACAGGCCUUUUUUUAUUCGUAUUACUUCGCCCUUAAGAGGCAUCACUAUUUCUUCAUGGUUAUAAUUUGAUUUUUUUUUUAACUUGAAUAAAACAUGCUUUGACUGAGCUUUA